UAACAAAGUGCCAUAAAAGGAAGUUAAGCGGUAAAACUAAUUGAGAAAUUAUGUAUUUCACACAAAUAAAUGGCUAUAGAACAUUAAAAAAACCCCUCCUUAUUAUAAUAUUUCGCCAUUAAUUGAUGUUUUGAUUUACUUUACAUUGGUUUACAAAUGAAAACGCUUUAAAUAACAAUAAUGAAAGCAAAGAAGCCAAGUGCCGUUAAGACCGGAAAUGCCGUUUACUAACGGUCACCAUAUUUUAAGAACUAUUUAAUCUUAUACUUUCAAGUUGUGCUGUUUGUUUUAAAACAUCUGAAUAUCUUUUAGUUUGGUUUAUAAAAUGCUUGCUGAUUUUCAGGAAUUAUGGCCAUCCAGUCAAAAAGGUGUUUUACCGAAACCGAAUAAAUUACAAACAAUAAAUGUUAUAAAAAUUUGCGAAAAGCUGAGUUUAGCCAUUACACAAGUAUGCAAUGGCCUACAACGCACACUGGAUGUAGCACGGCGUCGAUCACGCGAAGAGCUCACCUUUCGUUCCGUAUCUGGUCUUUGUUAUACAACUUUGCGGAUUCAUGAAGUGCAAGUCAAUAACUUGUUGAACAAGUCAAAAGAGCUGGUAGUGCAAAGUCAGGAUUGGUCUACAAUGCAAGUAAAAAAACGAAGUCAGCCCAGUAAAUGCUUAGUGUCAUAUUCCUCAAAAAAGAAGAGACGUGCAACAAUAGAACACACAGUCCAGGAUGUCACAAUAACAAAUUAUACGCAGUUGCUAGAUGAAACAAAUAAAUUUGUGGAAUGGGGCAAAACUGCAGAGCUCGCAAAUGGAAAGGUAUCGAAAGCCAAUGGACAUAGUAGAACUACCUGCAUUCACAUACGUGAGAUUACCAUUAACGAGUUAGAAACAUGCAAUGAACACUAUUUAUACGAUGAAGAUGAUGGAUUCGGUAGCAAUACAGCUGAUGAAUUAGCUUCAUUCAUACAUUUGCUCGAAGACCAACCUAUUGGACAAAAAUCAUUGGCGAAGGCACCCAAAAGGAAGGCUAUUGAGGCAGCUGUUGUCUGCGAGAAAAAAUCGAAAGCGAAUGCAGAUCAACUUGUCGUUGCAACAUUGGAAGAGACACCCCGGAGCAAGAAGGUGGUAGAAGCGUCUACACUUUGCGAGAAAAAAUCUAAGAAUAUUCAAAGUCUACAAAUUAAUACUGGCCAGGAUGUUGAACUCCCUGAUAUAGAAGUUGCACGAUGCAAUGCUUCUACUAAUGAAGUGAUUGAAGAUUUUAUACCAACUAUAAAUAACUGCGAAAAGAGUAAUUCUCAUGAUUUCAGUAGUGAGCCUUUAAAUGAUAUUAGCUUUGACAACGUUCAGAAGUGUAAUGGCCCGGAAGUGCUUGUGCAUGAUACCCCUAACAAUGGAAAAAACAUUUCAUGUAUUUCCUAUAAGGCUUUUCCCUCUAGCACGCCCUCUAUCAAAAGAAACAUUAAAUCUCGCAAUAUAAUUAUCGAUGAACGCUUAGGCCUUACAGAAGCUGAAAUGCGUGAGCAGUUGCAAGCGCGUACAAAUAUCCCGAUGAAAAUAAGAAAAUUUAGAGCGAAGAUUCAGUGGAAUAGCAGAAAUUGCUUGGCAAGUACCAAACAUUAUGAAAGAAUAUUGCCAUCUGCCCAUGAACUAUUAACUAGACUUAAUCGCAAUUGCAUUGCUAUGCGUAAGUUUAAGGUGAAGAACAGAGUUAAACGUAUGAAUUUUGAAUCCUCUAAUGAGAGUACGACCUUUCGUAAUCUUCUUUAUGCUAUUUGCAACUGUGAAAUUACUGAUCACUUGGCUACACAAAUUUACAAAAAUUGGAAUGAAGUUGCAAACCCAGAUACAAAAGUUGUAAAUAAAUUAAGAAAUCCAAGUCAGCUAGAUGCUGAACAAAAUGAAGUGCCAUACUACAAUGAAUUAACAUUAUCAACCAAUAAUACAAUCUCAAACGAAGUUAAUAACAACAAUUUAGAACGAGUUUCUAAAAAUACAUCCUCAUCUGACGAGCAAGAUGAGUGGAGUGCUUACAACAUCAUGAUAAAAUUAUUAAAUUUAUGGCGCACUGAAAAUAUUGCAGACGAUUCAAUUCCCGUGGAAUACAUUUUUCCACAAAAUAAAACUAGUAGGAAAGUAGCUGCUAAGGGAUUUGGCGCACUAUUAAAACUUGCCGCAAAAAAUUUUAUUGUUUUAGUAUCAAUGGAGCAUACUAAGCAUUUGCAAAGGAUACAAUUAGGUGCUGCUUCGGUUAAACUUAUACAGCAAAAUAAACUAAAUGGAAUAGCAGAGAAACGCGUUAAUAACGGUUAUCGCGCUCAAGGAAAUUGAAUAGAUAUUUGGAGUAUGAUAUUUAACUGUUGUAAAUAUACUUUUAUAGUAUCAUCUAUUAAUGUUAAAAUUGUUAUA